CGGAAGACGCAUGCGUCGGCGGCCCGCGCCGCCUUAAGUGCCGAGCCGGCCCAGGGUGGCCCAGUCGGCCUGUCAGCCGGCUUCGAGGUGAGUUCCGGCGCUUGCGCGGCGGCGGCUAUGGCGGCGGAGGAGGAGGAGGUGGACUCUGCCGGCACCGGAGAGAGGUCAGGAUGGCUAACUGGUUGGCUCCCCACAUGGUGCCCUACAUCUACAUCACACCUUAAAGAAGCUGAAGAGAAGAUGUUAAAAUGUGUCCCUUGCACAUACAAAAAAGAACCUGUUCGCAUAUCUAAUGGAAAUAAAAUAUGGACACUGAAGUUCUCUCAUAAUAUUUCAGAUAAGACUCCACUUGUCCUUCUCCAUGGUUUUGGAGGAGGUCUUGGGCUCUGGGCACUGAAUUUUGGAGAUCUUUGCACCAACAGGCCUGUCUAUGCUUUUGACCUGUUGGGUUUUGGACGAAGUAGUAGACCCAGGUUUGACAGUGACGCAGAAGAAGUGGAGAAUCAGUUUGUGGAAUCCAUUGAAGAGUGGAGAUAUGCCCUAGGAUUGGACAAAAUGAUCUUGCUUGGGCACAACCUAGGUGGAUUCUUGGCUGCUGCUUACUCGCUGAAGUACCCGUCAAGGGUUAAUCAUCUCAUUUUAGUGGAGCCUUGGGGUUUCCCUGAACGACCAGACCUUGCUGAUCAAGACAGACCAAUUCCAGUUUGGAUCAGAGCCUUGGGAGCAGCAUUGACUCCCUUUAACCCUUUAGCUGGCCUAAGGAUUGCAGGACCCUUUGGUUUAAGUCUAGUGCAACGUUUAAGGCCUGAUUUCAAACGGAAGUAUUCUUCAAUGUUCGAAGAUGAUACUGUGACAGAAUACAUCUACCACUGUAAUGUGCAGACUCCAAGGCUAUUCUUGGGGCAGGACAUUAUGUAUAUGCAGAUCAACCAGAAGAAUUCAACCAGAAAGUAAAGGAGAUCUGCGACACUGUGGACUCUGACUGAAGCUCUGAUGGGAAAACCUGGUGACUGAUACAGUUGUUCAGCAAUAAUUCAUAGUCUGUGAUGAAGAGUAAUGGAUACAACACAGAACCAGGCAGCCUUCUUGACUAUACUUUGCACAUGUUUUCUUUAGGAAUUCGCUCGCACAUUUAAACCAGUUAGUGCCUUCUAGAAGAAUGGCUUUCCUUUCUCCUACACAAAAUUGAAAUAUACAAGUCUCUAAAUUUAAUACCUUUAAAUAAAAGGUUAUUUGUCCCUCUGAUGUACUGAAAAACUGUAAUUUUUCAGCUGAAAAUUUUUUAAUCUAACUUUGCUAGUUAUUUUUAUAUUGCAAUCUAUAUUACCAAUUUAGGAAGUGAUUUCUGAGUCUCUUACACUGUAAAGGUGCACUUUAUUUUCUUUGUCUUCCCCAUCAUGUAUUUAUUGUGUCUUGAUAACUGAUAUUAAUCUAAAUUCAGUGUGUUUUUUUGUAAAAAUGUGUCAGUUAUUUAGAAUAUUUCACUUUGUUUUUGAAACGGAGUGACAAGGCAGAUUUUUGGUUAAAGGACGGGAGUUGAUCACUAUCAUUACUUUUUCUAGUUUACUUCUUUUUUAUAUUUAAGGCUGCUAAGCCAUGUUCAGCAUUUUAAAUGUGGUCUAUCCUGACAUACACAGUGUAUAACAACAUAACUCCUUGGAACCUCCUAUGUGUGGUAUAAUUCUACACUUCCAAGGAACAUGACUUCAAUACUUCAGUGAUUCAGGUACUGAAAAGCCUUAGCUAAAAGGCUGUUCUUUGUUUCCCCCUUUCAUACUAUUCUUUUCCAUGACCCAGAAUGCAGCAAAUGAAACAGAUUUCUUCUCUUAAGGGGAUAUUAAGACUGUUACUUCCUAGUAAGCCAAGUAAUAUCAUAUUUUUAUUAACAUCUAACUUUUGUAGAUGGGUGCUAAAAUUGCAUACAUUUUAACCACUAAAAUAGAAAAACAAGUGGUGCUAUUAUGUCUCAUGGCACCAGAAAUGAGGUAGCACUUGGGUUUGUUGUUGUUAUUAAGAGUAUUGUGUUAAUUAAAUCAUUACAUACUUGAAGUUAUAUUACAAAAAUUCUAGAAGGUUGAUUGAACUAUAUUUUUAGGAACUACCAUCAAGUGUAGCAUUUUCUAGCAGUUUUAAAAUGAGGAAAACUUCUUUGAAACUGUGAAAUGCUCCAUGUGGUAACUGGCUACUGAGAAAACCCUUCACCAAAAAAAUAAAUGAAAAUUGAAUAGGAUUGUCAUCAAGAAGUCAUCUUUCGCUAACGUUGCUUGUCUAGGAGAAAGGUAGCUAUGUAAAUAAAAACAGUGAACUAGAGCAAAUAGUGGUUUAAUGGUUUUGUUAAACCAUUUUUAAAAUGGUUAAUUAGGGAAUUUGUAGUUGUUAGGAAAUGUAAGGUUGUGUCACUGUUGAUUAACUGCCAGAAAGACUGAAUGUUCUAUUUUCAACAUUUCUUCCGUACAAAAGAAUAGACAAAUUAUACUGAAGCAUGAUAUAAACAUCUUCCCAAUGAACAAUUUGUCUCACUUGUCAGAUUAACUAGGUUAGUGCAGGAAGCAGCAUGAGCGCCAAGAUGUGUUGUCUGAUUUCUCUACCUUAAGAACAAUAAUAGUCUUUUUAGUUAGUAUUUUGGAUGGCCAGGUUUCAAACCUGUAUGUGGUACAAAUAAUUUGGGUAAUAUUUUUGUAUUUUUGUUUUACACACUCUCUAAUCUCAAUUAUCCUUUGCUGGGAGAAUGACAGGUUUCACUUAUACAGGAAGGUUUUUGCACAGGAAAUUUGGUCCCAGCCCUUGGAAGGAAGAAGUUCCUUGGUUUACUUAGUGAAUGGAGUUUCUGGCCACAGAUGUGCCAAGUGAUUCAAGAAAGAUAUACCCGAAUAUCAAGUGAUAAUUUAUUUUCCUACAGACUGAAUUUGCUUUAUUUGAAAGAUGUUGUAACUCUUUUUAAAGUUAGAUUUUACCCUGAGGUGUAGUAUAUGUAAUUUUGUGAAGAUUGAGCUAGAAGGGAAGUUCACAAUCCUCACAUUUAAAAAAAUAUAGUGGGUGCUAAAUGUUUUCUUAAAAAUCUAUUACAGAAUUUGAUCUUUGUUAUGCACAGCGUACUUUUAUUUUACAGAAUAAAUUUUCCUGUGAUAGUCACAACAAGACA